CCGCCCCGCUCCGUCAGCAGUCCGAUGGCGGCGGCCGCGCUGAGGGGCCCGGCUCAGGGUGUGACCUUUGAGGACGUGGCCAUUUAUUUCUCCCAGGAAGAGUGGGUGCUCCUUGAUGAGACUCAGAGGCUCCUGUACGGUGAUGUGAUGCUGGACAACUUUGCACUUAUAACAUCCCUGGGUUACUACCAUGAGACAGAAAAUGAGAUGAUAACUUCUGAUGGAAUGUCACAGGUCAGGACUUCUAAAGUGGGUACACCCACCCAGAAAACUUACCUCAGUGAGAUUGAGAUGUGUGUUCCAGUCUUGAAAGACAUUUUGCACCAGGUUGAGCACCAAACCACAUAUCCUGUGCAGAAAUUAUACUUGAGUGGCACAAGUAUGAGAGACUUCUGUUUCAAUGCAAACCUUCACCAGCACCAAAAGCAUUACGGUGGAGAAGAUCCUUGGAAAAGGGAUGUGGAUUGGGCUACUACAUUUGUGACUAGCUGCAGAUUCUGUAUGCCAAUGAAUCCUUUCAUAUGUGGGCAGGACUUUCCAGUCACCAUGGACCUUCUUCAGCACCAGAACACUCCCAAUGUUGCAGAGUCAUCCAGUAGCAGCAGCAAGUGUGUACAGACAUUCUUCAGUAAAAAAAGCUUUUACAAGUGGGAUGAAUGCAAAAAAGCUUCAAGCCACAAACAUACACUUUUUCAACAUCAGAGUGUCUGCUCUGAAGAAGGGCUUUAUGAGUGUAGCAAAUGUGAGAAAGCCUUCACCUCCAAGAGCACACUUGUUCAGCAUCAGCAAGUUCACACUGGUCAAAGGACAUAUGUGUGUAGUGAAUGUGGAAAAUCUUUCAACAAAACAUGCCAAUUUAUUGUGCAUAAGAGAAUUCACAAUGGAGAAAGGCCUAAUGAAUGCAGUGAAUGUGGGAAAACCUUUAUUCAUAAAUCCGAAUUCAUUCACCAUCAGAGACAUCACAGUAGAGGAAUGCAUUAUGAAUGUGGUGAAUGUAGGAAAUCCUUCAGCUACAAAUCCAACCUCAUUGAACAUCAGCGAGUUCACACGGGAGAAAGGCCUUAUGAGUGUGGCAUGUGUGGGAAAUCCUUUAGACAAAGCUCUAGCCUCUUUCGACACCAGAGAGUUCACACUGGAGAAAGGCCUUAUCAAUGCUGUGAAUGUGGGAAAUCCUUUAGACAGAUCUUCAAUCUCAUUCGGCACAGGAGGGUUCACACUGGAGAAAUGCCUUAUCAGUGCAGUGAUUGUGGGAAAGCCUUUAGCUGCAAGUCCGAACUCAUUCAACACCAGAGAAUUCACAGUGGAGAAAGACCUUAUGAGUGUAAUGAAUGUGGGAAAUCCUUUAGACAGUUCUCUAACCUCAUCCGACAUCGCAGUGUUCACACUGGUGAUAGGCCUUAUGAGUGCAGUGAAUGUGAGAAAUCCUUUAGCCGCAAAUUUAUUCUCAUUCAGCACCAAAGAGUUCACACUGGAGAAAGGCCUUAUGAAUGCAAUGAAUGUGGAAAAUCCUUUACCCGCAAAUCUGACCUCAUUCAACACCGGAGAAUUCAUACAGGCACAAGACCUUAUGAGUGUAGUGAAUGUGGUAAAUCUUUUAGACAACGCUCUGGUCUCAUUCAACACCGGAGAGUUCAUACUGGAGAAAGGCCUUAUGGGUGUAGUGAAUGUGGAAAGUUCUUUAGCCAAAGUGCUAGCCUCAUUCAGCACCAGAGAGUUCACACUGGAGAAAGACCUUAUGAAUGUAGUGAAUGUGGGAAAUCUUUUAGCCAAAGCUCUAGCCUCAUUCAACACCAGAGAGGUCACACUGGAGAAAGACCUUAUGAGUGCAGUGAAUGUGGGAAACUCUUUACUCACAAAUCUGACCUCAUUCAGCACCAAAGAGUUCACACAGGAGAAAGGCCUUAUGAAUGUAGUGAAUGUGAGAAAUCCUUUAGCCGCAAAUCUAACCUCAUUCGACACAGGAGAGUUCACACUGAAGAAAGGCCUUAAAUGUUCAGGAACUAUUCUUUAUUCAGUAUGACAGCACUGGAGGAAAAAAAAAGUCCACGUGGGAGCCAUCUAUCAAAAUUUAAAUUUAAUUUGAACAUCCCUAAUGGGGGGAAAUUCUCCAUAAGUUUCAGGAAUGUGAAAAGCUUUGAGACUAAUUUCAAUUUCUAAUGUGCUCAGAGCCAUAGACUGAUUUAUGUCACUGCCAAUAUCUGAAGCCAUUUCCACCUCUACCACC